AUGCUCCGAGAAGUAAAGCCCAAGAACCCGCGCACAGCGCGCAUCCUCAAGGCCAAGGAGCCUCAACUCAUCGAAGGUGCAAAGCGCGCUCUGAUACUCCACGGGUCAAAAUGCCCAGCGCCUCUCCACACCGUCCUCAAGACCUUCCACUCCCUCACCACACCUCACUCAGUCCUCUUCCACAAGAAAAAUGAGAACAUUCACCCAUUCGAGAACGUCGAGAGCAUUGAAUUCCUUGCCAACAAGAACGACUGCGGUAUUGUUGCUUUCGGUAGUAGCAACAAGAAACGGCCUAAUUGCUUGACGCUUGUACGCAUUUUCGACACCAAGGUUCUCGACAUGUGCGAACUGUUACUCCUCCCUAACCCCGACGGCGAGGAGAUUCCCGAGAUGAACAGGCUCGCUAUGCACGUCGGUGUCGGGCUCCGGCCGUUGAUGCUAUUUUCGGGCAGUGCGUGGGAGGAUACGACGUCCACAACGCAUGCGAUGGUGAAGAGCAUGCUUGUGGAUCUGUUCAAGGGCGACACCAGCGACAAAAUCGAUGUUGAGGGGCUACAAUAUGCACUGAUGGUUGGCGCGGAAGAGCCUACGGCGGGUUUGGCGCCUGUGAUUCAUCUACGGUGGUACAAGAUCGUCACCAAGCGGAGUGGGCAUAAGCUGCCCCGCGUGGAGUUGGAGGAGAUUGGACCCAAGUUUGACUUCAAGCUCGGACGUAUUCAAGAGGCUCCUCGCGAUGUUCUGAAGGAGGCUAUGAAGCAGGGCAAGAGACCGAACGAGGAGAUCAAGAACAAGAAGAAUAUUGGCAUUGACUUGAUCGGUGAUAAGGUCGGUCGGGUGCAUCUGGAUAAGCAGGAUCUGGGUGGAUUGCAGACGAGGAAGAUGAAGGGUUUGAAGCGGAGAGCCGGCGUUGAGUCCGACGAGGAGGCCGGAGAUGCGGAUCUGAUGGACGUGGACGAGGUUUCGGACGACGAGGCGCCAAAACGGGCCCGACACGAAUGA